UGCGUACGUCUCUCAUCGUCUUCCCCAGCUGCCUGACAGACGGGAUGACGUUGGUGAUAAAACCAAGAUAUAUCAUAUGACAAGAACAGCGCUUAAAAACAUGCUUUACUGAGAGAUGCAUACGGGAACGAUAGAAGACUAUGGGAAUCAUGCGUGCUGUCUUGUUCCUGUCAUGUCUUCUGUUUUUGGCAAAAUCCGGUGAGGGCGCGACGGACUGUGCCUACUCGUCAGCACUCCUGUCGUACACGUUCUCCCACAGGGCCAGGGUCAUCCCUAACUUCGAGCCCUUCAUCAUCACGCCCGAGGAGGACCUACUGGACAUCCUCCUAGAUCCUCUCAAUAUCACCGUUAAUCGCUACUUCUCCGCAGAUGAAGUCGGUACCCAUGUGGAUAUGCCGGGACGGUUUCACGUGGACGGAUACCGCGUUGGGGAGAUAGGAUUUUGUGACUUCUUCCUGGUGCCGGGUAUUAAGAUAGACGUGUCGGCCAAGGCGGCCAAAGUACGAGACUAUGAAGUGACAGUGGAAGACAUUGAAGAAUGGAUUUGUGAGAACGGACCGCUGCCUGAGAGAGCGAUUGUGCUGUUCGACUUCGGCUGGAGUUACCGUUACGACGACGCCAGGAGGUACUUCGGAGAUGACUCUCUACUAGAUCUUCUGCUGCCGCUACAAUACAGCUGGCCUGGAGUGUCUCUCGAGGCUGCGGAGUUCUUGGUGCAAUGCGCGAGUAACAUUAUCGCUGUGGGGGUGGAUUCCCCCGGAGUAGACACCGGAUACUCUACCAGUCCUGCUGAGGCAAUUCCUCCCCUGGAGCCGACGUCUCGGUACCUCACCAGAUACGGUCUCUACCUCAUCGAGAACCUGCAACUGAGGAGCGUCGAGCUGCCUAACCGUGGCUUCUUCCUCACAGUCGGAGUACAGAACCUGCAGGUGAUGACUGCAUCACCGGCCUACGUAGUGGCAGAGUACUGCGCUGACGCCACCCCCGAGCUUGUGUGUCCCGCCCCUACCCUGGAGAGCGUGCUCAACGGAUUCUACCCCUACCCUGGCCGCGGGCAACGUCCCGGCCUUACCCGCCCCCCGUACCGCGGUUCCCGUCUACCCCACUACCACCGUAUCGGCAGAGGAUACCGUCCACGAUAAAACUCAAUAAAUUUAGCUUAGUUAAACAACAACUGAAUUUAUUUUACAACCAGACAUCUAAAGCUUUCCGCAUUUGAAGGGGUCGAUCCAAACGAACAACGAAACUUUUUCAACCCCGAACCUCCUGAGCAACACGGCACGCACGUCCUUCCCCUCUCUUCACUAGCUUAGUUUUUUAUAUAAUUUAGUCCUGGAUGACAUUGUUGGUGAUUGUAUACGUUGAUUGUACAGAUAAUAUAAGUUUUAGAAUAAAAUAUUGUCACUUAAUAAUUUCCUGUUUAAUUCUUUAGUCUUCCGAGUAGACAUUAUUGCGAGGGCUCGACCGAACCUGAAGUCGUUUCACGGAAAGACGCUUUAACGCUUUAGAAGACUGGUUUAACAUUAAUAAAAUUAUUUUUAUUUUCUUA